CCUCCCUCGAUGAAGUUACAGUCCAUUCCAGGUGUUCAGCGAUGGUCUUUAAUUCCGACUUUCCUCAAGAUCAGAUCAUUGUUGCAGUCCAAAGCUCUGCAUUGAUAUCUGGCUGUGUUCUGAAACGUCACUUUCGGGGGACAUUGAAUCGCCUUUGCUUGUUUUCUGUAUUUCUGUUCGGAUAUCAGUAUCUUAAUGUACUGCUCAACUGAAGUUCAGAUUCACAAAUACUUCAUCUAAGCUUGUGUUUGGUGUAUAACAUCACUAGCUGCUCUAUUCAACAGACCACGAGCUGCUCUAUUCAACGGACCACGAGCUUAUGUCAGUUAUAACUCUCACUUUCGCUGAACUGGGCUUAAGCUGCUUACAAAAUACUCCCGUUCCUAAUUACUUGUCUUUGUUGAAGUAUUGCAGUGAGUGGCAUUUAUUUCAUUUAAUCUUUUUUCAUAUUUAGUGGUCUUGUUUUCGAUACUAUUUCAAGGCCUCGAUGAGCGAAUUAGCUCGCUAUCCAGUAAAAUAUUAUUUUGCCAAUCUGAUAAAAGAUUUUUCGUACUUGUUUAUAUUAAACAGUCCAUCUCUCACACAUCUCAACGCAACUUCUUUGACUAUGGGUGCUUUCUCCUAUGCCCUCCUUCAAAUGCGCAUUUAUUAAAGCUAUAAACUAAGCAACUAUGACGUCAUAGAGCUAUAUGCUAUAAACUAAGCAACUUUGACGUCACUUUGAUGACAAAAAUUGUCCUAUUUUAGCGAUCUAUUUUCAUUGCUUUAGCAAUUAUACCCGAUCUGUUUCCAAUUGUACCCAAUAUUGUUUUUGAACAGCUUUUCCAGUCUAUUUUUUACUUCUUCAAUUGGCUAUGAAAAUGGUAUGAACAAUAUUGUGUGACGUAGUCGAUGUUUGCGAUAUUCAGCAAAUGAGAAUCGACCUGAAAUAUCCCGACUGAGGACGAGCAGAGGAAUUUGUCAUCCCGGCUCUGUCAAAAGCGGCUGCCAUAUUAAUAAGCGUUGCUGACGGCAAAAGCUUUCUAUUAUUCUCAAUUUCGUCCAACCUUGCUAUACUACUGCACAGGAGAAUACCCAGCUGCCCCCGAUGACGUAAUUCCCCGGCAUCUUUAUUCCUCGUCGAUUUGUUUGGGCGGUCCCGGUUUUUCCAGCACGCCGGUGGUUUCCAAAACCCUUAAGCAGAUAAUGGCAACAUCUGUUUCUGUGCGAUCUUCUCAUGUCCAUUCUCCCACCUGCUCAUAUUUGCCUUAUCGUGAAAUAUUGAGCGCUGCUCCACUGAAUUGGCAGGUCCGUUUAAAGGCCAAGGCAGUUGCGCAAAUUGCUUUCACUGUCCGCAUCUUUGGCUUUAGUUGCGUUCAACUCACCAAAGGACUCAAGGAGUACUUUUACACCGUAAGAUCGAUUAUUUGAAGUUUUCACCUGCAGUUGCUUGGCCAUUUCUGCCAGUUUGCAAUACACCUGUACAAUUAAACCUGUUGCCUAUGAGUAGUCUUGCAGUCCAUGGCUGUCAUGAGCUUCAAGAAUCCGCAGGUUAGAGUAAACGAUGAAAAGAACUGCUCAUGCCUAGAACGACAGAGUUUCAUGGAGGGUUUUAUAACAGAUGUCCACAGUGCGACCAGUGACGUCAGAGGAAAUAUCCUUAGUCAAUUAGCGGACUCGUGUGCCUCGGCUGUUGAGGCAGACAGUCAUGUCCUUUAUCUACUUGAUGGUGAUCAUAAGAAUUUAUGGAAAUAUGGGCAACAUCCCAGCAAACCCGUUAACAUGCAGCUGAUUACUGAGGGAUCAACUAUUGCUUGCUAUGUUGCCUGCACAAAGGAAACCAUAAGAACAACGAGGUUGACUGGGGAUGAAAGAUUUCCUAAUGGCAUCGGGAUACAGGAUACGACUUCAUAUUCGGUGCUUUGCCAACCAAUUAUUCAGCCAUCUGGCGAUCUCACAGGUGUGAUGGAACUGAUUCGAGUAAUCGGCAUGCCUGCAUUUACAGAGAAAGAUGAACAGAUCGUUAAUAGUUAUCUUACGUGGGGAGGCAUUGUCCUGUACUAUGCAGAGAUGUAUCACACAAUGCACAAACAAAGAAAGCUGAACGAAUUUCUUUUAAACGUCACAAAGUCCAUAUUUCAAGACAUCGUCAGCAUGGACACUGUGAUUAUGAAAAUCAUGAACUUCGCACAAACCUUGGUAGAUGCAGAUCGCACGUCUUUGUUUUUGGUUGACACAAAAACCAACGAACUUUACGCCAGGAUUUUUGAUAUUGGAACUGGGUUGGAUACAAAAUUACAAAAAGAAAUCAGAUUCCCCAAGUCUAAAGGAGUGGCUGGACACGUGGCGUCAACCGGAGAAACAUUGAACAUAAUUAAUGCUUACGACGAUGCUAGAUUCAACAGGGAUGUUGACAUUCAAACUGGAUACACUACAAGGACUUUGCUUUGCAUGCCAAUCUUUAUUCGUGGAAAUAUUAUUGGCGUCGUGCAGAUGGUCAACAAGCGAAAUGGAGUCUUCACAGCUGGAGACGAAAAAGCCUUCCAAACUUUCGCAGUCUAUUGUGGCUUGGCAUUGCAUCACGCAAAGCUAUAUGAUAAGAUUCGAAGGUCUGAGCAGAAAUACAAGGUCGCUUUAGAAGUUUUGUCAUACCACAGCAUGUGCAGCGAGCAAGAAAUGACCCAAAUGAAACAGACCUCGCUUGGUGUGCCGUAUGCAAAGAUAUACGAAGAUUGCGCUGCUGUUGGUCCUCAGAUUUCAAUCACAUCCCUUGAAAAGUUUGGCUUCAAUGCAUAUGAUUUUGAUGAUAUCCAAAUGGCACAUUUAGCAGUGAAUAUGUUUGACGAACUGUUUAGAGAAGAAAGAUUUGAUAUGGAUGUGGUCUCCCGAUUCAUUCUGACCGUCCGCAAGAACUACCGGCGCGUUCCUUAUCACAACUGGACUCACGCGUUUAAUGUCGCCCACUGCAUGUUUUGCUGCAUCAAGUUCUCGGAAGGACAUCUUUCCGGCCUCGAAGCGAUUGCCUUGUAUGUGGCAUGUCUUUGUCACGAUCUUGAUCACAGAGGUAAAAACAACGACUGGAUGAAGAAUGAGGCAACUCCUCUUGCGGCCGUUUACACAACAUCUACCUUAGAGCAUCAUCAUUUUAAUCAGACUAUUACCAUUCUGCAGCACGAAGGCCACAAUAUUUUCGGCCACUUGUCGUCAUCAGAGUACAAGCAGGUGCUGGGGUUCAUUAAAGACUGCAUUUUAGCAACCGAUUUAGCGACGUUCUUUGGCAACAAAGCUCGCUUGACUGAAAUUGUAUCAAACGAGGGUUUCCAAGUUGAUAAUCAAAUGCACAGGAAAUUGCUUCGAGCUGUCGCAAUGACUGGAGGGGAUUUGUCUGCUUGCGCAAAGCCUUGGCAAAUUCAGUAUGAAACAGUCAAAGUUAUUUUCCAAGAAUUUUACGCGCAGGGUGACGAAGAGAAAGCUUUGGGGAGAACUCCGCUUCCGAUGAUGGACAGAAAUACGGCUGACAAGCUACCCCAACAUCAGAUUGGUUUUCUCGUUGGGAUAUGCAUUCCAUGCUACGAUUUGCUGUUUAGAAUUAUGCCUGGUUGUAAACCUCUUGUAGACGGAGCUAAAAAAAAUCUGGCAAAAUGGAAAGAUAUGCUUAGCAAGUCCAAUGAAGAGCGAGAGCAGUCUUCUGAGAAGGAGAAAAAUUAUGACAACAAAGACGAGAAGGGGAUGAUUAGUGAUGGCAGCGAGAAGUCUGUAAGCCGCUCUAGCUCUCUGGAUGAGAGAGAGGUUAUUAGCAAUGGCGAAACCGAGGAUAAAUCAAAAAGGCCGUCCUCUGGUAAGGAAAAGUUAAAAUCCGCCGGUACGAAAUCAAAAUCAAGACAAAGUGCGAAAACAAGGAAGUCAGCAGAGGCUAAGAAAAAAAUCGAUCAAUAAGCGAGCAACUUUUUUAACUGAAUUAGAAAUUUGAUUUGCAUUCGUUGGCUGUUCGUCGAGGAGUGGGCGGGGAGGAAUUAUGUCAUUGAUGAUGCUUUGAAAGAAUUCCAUAAACGUUAUAUGAAUGUUUUGAAAUGAUUUGCUGCCCAAGGUUUACAUCUCAAAAUACUGUUUACGGUUUUGAUCUCAAAAGGAUUAUAAGAAGAAGGUUGAAGAGAGAAUAGAAAGAUCUUCCCAGAAGAUAUUUGUUAUCUUGUGUACUUUAAUAGCCAACUUUGAUGUCUGACAAAAAUGGUUAAUUGUGGUUGUUAAAGGGCCUUAGUUCAUUAUAAAUCCUUCUUUCUUUUGAAAAAUAUGCUUUAAAUGUUUAUCGUGGUAACAAUUGCUUAACAUCAUUUGAAGUUUUCGCCGCAAAAAUUCCUUCAGAAUUCCCAAAGAAGCCAUAUUCUCAUUUCAUGAAUAAUUUCUAACAAACUGUGAACCUAGGACUCUUUAACAGCAACCUGGAAAUGCAAAUGAACGUGUUUGUGUACAGCGUCAUUCAGUGGUAUUGUUGUAAUUAGCAAACGAGGCCUCGUCUUCUCCUCUGGCCAUGACGGUUAGUCGUAUUGGCUGAUAGCUUGAGUUGCUGGAACUAUAAAGCUUCCUUGCUAGUCUUGUUCGUCCAAUAGAAAGUCUGGUUCGUCACUCGCAUAAAUGUAUCCCUAACUCGCAAAAGUGUGGAUCACAGCAAAGUACUUGAUUGCAUCUACCUUUGAAGUGAAAAUGUAUAUAUCUUUUACUUUAAAAGACUUCUGGCUUUGUUCUUAAAAAGAAAAAUAUGUUGUUUAUUUUUAAUAGGCUUUGGAUUAUGAUUUUCUCCUAGGCUCGAAUUCUAUUUGCAUUUGAAGUUGUUAUCGUGUUGACUCACAAAAUUAGUGCAAGCAAGGCGACGUCCAAAGAAGGUCACCUUUGCUCUGAAAUAAAUCUUAUCAAUUGAAAAGUUAAAUGUGAAAUUACUUGGCAAUCUUUGCUCGAUUCUAUCUAUCAUUUAUUUCUCCCCCUCCCGUUGGUCAUACCCAAAUGCAAAAAGUUACCAUAAUCAUUCCUGCCCUCAUUGGAGGUUAUUCUGAAUCUGAAGACACCAGAAUACAAAAUUUCAAAAAAUAAUAAUUUAUAGAUUUUUGCUACAAGAAUCUUGUAUCGUCCGUCAACUUCACAAUACUCGUGUCAGUUGAUCAUUACAGAGCUAAUAGGAUUUCAUUUCAAGCAAGUACGGUGUCACAUGUUGAUUUUGAAACAUUGAGGCCUAGAGUUAAACUCGUCGUUAUGUUCUUACAUUUUCAGUUUUAAUUCAACAAUCAUAUUCCUGUUUUUCUUUCAUUACCCUUUCCUAACGCAACGAGCCAGUUAUCUAUUCUGUCUCUGAUCGACUUGUAGAGUUCAUAACGCCAGAAUCCCAGUUAUUCAAGACUAGUAUUGAUUUAGAUAGAACAUACCAAGGAUAAUAUAAAAGGUAUUGAAAGUUUGUGUAGAAGUUGCUACCGAAUGGCACAAAUGAUGUAAAGAAAAAUACGUUUAUUUAAUUGUAUAUAUGUAUGUUUAAAGUGCUUAUAAAUGUGCAUAGCACCAUUAAUUUCAAAAAUAGAGCUUGAUAAAGCACCCAUAGAGUUUAGUUAUUGUAAUUAUCACCCUUGCGGUUAAUUUAUGAUUGAAUUAAAUAUGAAAAUAUAUGUAACUAUGUUAAUUAAUCACAGUGAAAAUUA